AACAACCCUGUCCACCGUUAAUCAUCUCUCAAAAUCUCUCUACCUCCCUAGACUCCCUUCUUUCUUUCGAAUCAAACCCAUCUUUCUUCUUUUGUAUGCACCACAUAGCAAUGGAAGGUAGUACCAAAAGCCCAUCUUCUUCCAUCUAUGCUCUUGUAGCUCUUCUCACACUCCUACUCUCCACAUCCCAUCUCAAAACAUGCCAUGCUACAAGAUCACAUCAUCAUGACAAAACCAGCACUGAGUUCAUUAGAACAUCUUGUGGAGUCACCACCUAUCCUAGAGUCUGUAUUGAAUCUCUCUCUUCUCAUGCAAGUGCAAUUCAAACAAAUCCAAAGCAAUUGGCUCACGCAGCUCUCUCUGUAAGCCUCUCCAGCGCACAAACGACUUCGGCCAUUAUUUCAAAGUUGUCUACUAAACAUGGUUUCAAGAGUAAAGUGAAAGGUGCCAUGGAGGACUGCAUCGAGACCAUAGGCGACUCCAUCGAUGAGCUCCAGCAAUCUAUAGGAGAGGUAGGGCAUCUGAGCGGGCCCGAUUUCGACUUCCACAUGGACAACAUCCAGACAUGGGUGAGCGCUGCGCUGACGGAUGAGGACACGUGUAUGGACGGCUUCGAGGGUAAUGCUUUGGAUGGUGAGAUCAAGAAUACAGUGAGGAGCCAUGUCUUGAGCGUUGCACAGAUGACUAGCAACGCUUUGGCUCUUGUCAAUAGACUCAGAUCCGAUCAUGCUAAAUCACCAUAACAAGGUUUUAAUAUGGGUGCUUGCUAUUUCUCCUAAUAUAUAUGCUUGAAGGCUGCUAUAUACAUGUAUUGUAUACAGAUCUCAGUGAUGUGUGUUUGUAAAUUUCGAGUAGAGAAGCUGGUUUUUCGUAGUAACUAUUAAAAACGUAUGGAUCGAUUUGUACCGAAAUAA